AUGGUUCGCACUUCCGUUCUCAACGACGCUCUCAAUGCGAUGAACAAUGCCGAGAAGGCUGGCAAGCGCCAGGUCUUGAUCCGACCUUCCUCCAAGGUUAUUGUCAAGUUCUUGACUGUCAUGCAGAAGCACGGCUACAUUGGCGAGUUCGAGGAGAUUGAUGACCACCGCUCUGGCAAGAUCGUUGUCCAGCUCAACGGACGCCUCAACAAGACUGGUGUCAUCUCCCCCCGUUACAACGUCCAGCUCCGUGACCUCGAGAAGUGGGUUGUCAAGCUCCUCCCCUCUCGUCAGUUCGGAUACGUUGUCCUCACCACCUCUGCCGGUAUCAUGGACCACGAGGAGGCUCGUCGCAAGCACGUUGCUGGAAAGAUCAUCGGUUUCUUCUACUAG